UUCUUCUCUCGUUUCUCCCUCGUUUGGAAUUUACUCCGCAACUGGCCGCGUUUACAAUAAUCGCCUAUCAUUCUUGUCCGGGAAAUAUGUAUUUCAUUUAAACAGUGGCAAAAAAAAAAAAAAAAAAAAACAAGUAACGUAGCUAAGUAUCUCUGGUAUCGGCGGAAUGCGUACGCACAUCGGGCCAUCGGGCAUGGAACGAUGCGCGAUUGCGCGCGCCAAGUGUAAUGUAAGCGCGCGUGCACGAGAAUCCUCGUAAGCUGUAAAACGAUCGGCGCGAGUGUCUCCUUUGGGGGAAGAGAGAGAGAGAAAAAUACUCACUGUUCGAUCGCUAGUCGCCGGCGUGUUUUGAGAAAAAGAGAUUGCGAGACAAACUUAUACAGAAUGGAGGGAGACGAUGGCCCUUCGACUGUCAGUAAUAAACCUACGGUCAUCAAAGCGGCGCAAGAGCAAAUGGGACGUUUAGAUGUAUUAGUGUGCGGACAGUGUCAUUCCGUCUUUCACUUUAUCGAGGAGUUUCAAGAACAUCGUACAAAGGAGGGAGCUUGCUCCAAAGUGUCACAUUUUCGUGAAAAUAACGAAAAUAAUGGACAAAAAGCACAAGUUUGGGCAUUUUUAUUAUGGAAAGAUUCGCAAAUCCAACAAGAAGGUAUCGACAAGGAUACGACCAAUGCUUGGAAAUUGUACCAAAAAUGGUGUAAGAUGGACACGCAUAUAAGAGAUUCAUGGAUCACAGCAGGGAAGACUAUACAGACUUUUACAAAAAUUAGUAAUGCAAAGAUGCAGGAUACCCCGAUACAAGUUCAAACAAAUACUAAUGAAGGUGCCAAACCGAUAAUUGUUCGCAAAAUUAUCAGAAAUGGACAACCGGAGGAAACAAACGAAACUAAAAAAGAUACUACAAAAUUAUUAGAAACAAAAACACAAAAGAAUGAAUCUAUAGAAAUUGAAGCGGACAAAAAAGAAAAACCAAAAUUGAAACCAUCGAUUAAGCCCAAGAACAAAUCUGGCAAGACAGCUACUGAAGAAGACGCGGAAUCGAGCAACGAAGAAUAUGUUGUCGAGAAAAUUUUAGCUAAACGUCUUAAUCCAAAAAAAAGAUGCUCGGAAUAUUUAAUCAAAUGGGAAGGUUACUCACACGAAAAUAAUACAUGGGAGUCUGCAGAGGCUGUAGCAACUUGCAAAAAUAUGUUGGAAGAAUUUGAGCGGAAUCUCGCAAAGCAAAAGGAGCUUAAAGCAGCUCAACAACAAACUAAUACAAAAAUCGUAGGGCGUGUAAGUUUAUCGGCACAAAAACCGGUGAUGAAAACUGAAGUUAGCAAACCUGGACCGAGUACAGCGAGUCAAGUGGGGCGACCAAUGCGAUCUAGUAAAUCAAAAGCAAUGGACCAAGUCAAACAGUGGUGUGGUUCAAUGAAAGAGGAAGAUAACGAAUUAUUAGGUAAAAGGAGGAUCGAUGAUUCGGAGAGCGAUUCGGAAGAUGGUGGAAGCAGCGCUGCGAAGAGAAUCAAAGCCGAUACGGGCAGCGACGACGAAUGGACUGGAGAAUCGGAUAGUGAUUCAAGAAUGGGCCGUAGCGAUGUGAUUCAACGGGCGUUCAAUCGCGCUAACGCGCAGUCUAACGGAUCCAACAGAGCGUCAGUGUCAUCCACGGAUUUAGCAACCUCAUUAGGAUUACAAUCUCCCGAUGGAGCAAAAUCUAGCCAGCCACCUGUUUUAGUAGCCAAUGCUAAGGGAGUUGUUAAAGUCGAUCCUAAACAGAUGCCAAAUUUAACUUCUGGCGUUUACGUCAUGUCGCGAAAAGAUGGUAUCAUUAAGCUAGAUUCGUCACCCAGCGGAAAACUGGCGGUCAAAGGAUCCCCGACGACGCAAGGCGUGUUAAUGGUUCAAAAUCGGGACAAUAUAGCGAGGAAGCAAGUAAUCUCGACGUCGCAAUCGAAUUCAAUGACUCCUGCGAUGAAAGUUGUUUCGAAGAUGGAUGGGAGUCCGGUAGUAACGCAGAUGAAAGUAGUCACCUCCAAAUCCAUUGCGGCGAAAACGCCAGGAAGCGUGCAAAAGACAGAACCUAUAAAGAUACAGCCAAAACCAGAUCCGACGCAAUUGCAACAAAUACAUGUUGUGACUGCAAUGUCGGGACCGAUAGCUUUGCAGCCGAGAAUAACUACGGGCAUAAGACCCGCUUCCGUGACGCCUCAACGAACGGCGGACGGUCGUCCGCUGUUACCUAGACCAGCGUUGCGCGCGACAACAGCAACGAGCGUUCUCGGUACCAUUCGUACGCCUGUCAAAGCACCGGCACCGCGACAAAUUCAAACGCAAGCGACGCGUCCUGUAUUGCAGAAACGUGCCACGACGACCGUCAUAAGCGCGCAGUCGGUUUCGCCGAGCGCCACCAGCACGCCGAUCGCGCAAAUCAGGCCGAAAUUCACAGUGCUUACGACGCAAUCGCCCGCGCAAUCCAAACAGGUGAUGAAAACUGGAACUAGUCCAGUACAACAACAAGCACAAACAAAACCAUCUCCGAAAACGCCAGUGGGGAAGGCGCAAUCGUUGUUAUCUCCGCAACAAAAGUUAUUAAUGGCAAAGAGAAAAGCCCAAGAGGCAGCAGGUUUAAUUAAGCCGGGUGGUCGUGGACUUUUGGCAGGUGCACGUGCAGGUGCCACUGCGGCACGAGGAAGGGCAAAAGUAGGCGAGACACCUUCGCCGAUUACUCAAGCAGCAACAAAACUCAAGGAGAGUAAACUGGCCGAAGGUGAUGGGCUUCACAUGGAGUUUCACGAAGUCGGAUCGGAAGAGAGUAGCAGCGAAGGCGAGCCCGAUUUGCCACCUCCUCCCGCCGAAUCGGACAACGUUACAGCUCCCGAGCCUGACAGUCCACCGCGUCCAUUUACAUUAUGCCCUCUCACGGGACGUAUAAUUGGUCCGGACGGUGAGCCGAUCGAGCAAGCGGUGGAACAACAACCCGAGCCCGAGCCAACUAUAUCCCCUUCGAACGCGGCGACGCUAUCGACUACGAUGAAAACAAGCACUCCUGUGUCUGAAAGUACGAGCGCGACAGACAGCAACGUUACAGCUAGUACUACCGUCACCAGCACUACCACUAUCACCACCGCCACCGCUACGGCCACCGCCACCGCUGCUGCCUCCACCGCCGCCGAAUUGGUCUUACCUUCUCUCGACUCGCUCACAGAAAGCGGUAUUAUGAGAGUCGAGAUGAGUCCUGGCGGAACAACCGGUACCAUUGUCCAAACCGGUGAAACAACAGCGCAAAUUAAUCUAUCGAACGUAGCGGUGCCCGCACCGGAUUUGCCAUGUUUGGACGAUACUGCUCCUGCAAUACCAGCUGUACCAACCGCUCCCACAUCCGCGCCUUUGACAGAAAACACAAGCCCUGCUGAAACAUCCAUCACUACGGCUUUGUCGACUGUUACAGCGGCGACAUCCACCGUUACUAUGUCAGUAACGUCGGCCGAAGCCAAGACUGAAGAUAAGAUACCGGAAGAGAGAAAAGUGACGGACGAUACGCCCAAUCUGGUUACUAUAGCCGAUGCACACGGUGUCGUCUACCAAGUCGCGGGACAAGCGGAGGACGGACAGACGCUUUUGGUAACGCGUGGCGCCGAUGGCGAACAGCAAUGCGUAUAUGUAACCACUGAACAGCAAGGAGACGACGGCUCUGUCUUGACAUUCGAUCAAGCUGUAGCACAGCUGAUCCCUGAACAGGUAAAUCUCACUCCCCAGUUUUUCGUAAAGGAGGAUGGAGCGGAACCGACUGAAAAUUCAAUGAUGAUGUCUAUAAUGGAUAACGCGAACGCGGCCGAUGUAACCGGAGCCCAAGAAGACAAUGACGGACAGGCACAAGUUGUAGCUCAAGUAGUACAAGCUGAAGAACCUACCCCAGGGGGAACUAGGAAAGUAGUACUGCUCUUACCGGACGGAAACUUUAUGGUGACCGAAGUGGACGAAGAACAAUACGCUGCAUUGGAACUUGACAAGUGAAAAACUUAAUUUUGACGUAUGCUAAAGAAAUAUCACGGCAAUGCAUCGAAUUACACGUUACGCGCAAAUUGUACGUUUAAAACGUGAAUUGUGUAUAUAUGUAAGAACGUUCACUUCUCGUAUAAAUUACACGUCGGUGAUGUCUUAUAAUAUUCAGUGAUUACAGACUAGAUAUUAUAUGUAAAGUGGAGAGACAGAAAGCUGACAUACUGUAAAAAAUAUCAGCACACACGUCGAGAAAAAUCUAAAUUUUAGAUUAAAAUACAUUUUAGAAAUGUAUGUUUCAAUGUAAAACACUUUGCUGGUAUCUCCAUUUUCGUGUUUAACUUUGAUGGCAUGAAAUAUAUAGCACACAUACACAAACACACAUACACACGUGAAAUGUAAGAACUACUUUCAAUGCAGUGACAUCAUUAUAGUAUUUACGAAGUAAGCAUCAUAUUUGUAGGAUAGUAAAAUAUAAUAUGGGGUUUUAUAUUUUCCAAUCAGAUAAUAAGCUUUGCUAAAAAAGAAAAAAAUCUUAUUCCAUGCAUACAAAGUCCAAAGUGAUGAUAUAUGAUUACAUCAUGUCGGACGUAAUCCGUGUAAAGUUUAGAGAUUUAUUUCAUUGAUAAAGCGCAUGAAAAAAGCAAAGUAUUUUAUCAGAGAUGUUUUUUUUUCUUUUUAUUUUUAAAUUUGUAUCUGUGCGUCGAGUAUGGCUAAAAUGGAAUAUUCUUGUAUGCAUUAUGCCUGAAUGAUUUCAUAUUCAUUAUACAAACGUGACACAAGUUUUAUAACGAAUUCAAUUGAAUGCAUUAGUACAAAGAUAUAAAAAUCUGGUAUACUAAGAUUUAAAUUGAGCAUAAUCGUUACCUAAUUUUAAUUUACUUAAAAAUAUACUUACUCUGAUUACACUGUUAACUGAAAAAGUCUAAUAUUAUAUUAAUAUUUUUUUAUAAAUAUCAAAUAUGAUGAAUUAUAUUGACGAUAUCAACGUCUCACGGACUGAAUUCACUUUAUGUGUUUUAUAUAUAUAACACACAUAACAUGUAUGGUACUACUUUAAUUUGUAUAUAACAGUCGAUGCAUUCAAUCAAAUUCGCUAUUACAUUACAUGGACUAUGUAUGCUUAUCUAUAGGAUAAAUAAGUGCACUCUAACAAAACACUUAUAAUUUCUGAACCUAUAAAGCUUAAAAUAUAAUGUUGUUGACGGAGUAUCAACUAGCCUACUAUUAUUAAACCUAUUCCUAUAUUAAAUUAGUUGCACGGGUAAUUCUAGGAUGUGCAAAAAGAGUGAGUGAGUGUGCGUGUGUGUGUGUAUAUGUGUAUGUGAUGGCUGCAGAAGCGAGAUUCGAUCAGCAUACUGUUUAUAAAAUACACAAUAAUUAUAAAAUAAAUAAUUAUCAUUUA